AUGACAUCAACAACAUCAAAAAUAGCAACAACAACAACAGGUUUAUCAGUGGUCAUCGUCUUCACCAUAGCAACAAGCGUUGGUUUGUGUGUGGCGUCCGUUGGCAUAUUGAUGAUCAAAAGCAUCAAAAUGAGAACAAUGUCAAUAGGAACAUCAUCAUCGAUUCGUGAUUUAGUGACAACCAAUCGGAGCUCUCCAACUUAUUUGCUGCAGACCAUUCAAGCCAACAACACAAAGACCAGAGCGUGUACAUUAAACCGCAACAUUGAGGAGAAUUUUUUCAACAACUGCUGCAACAACAACGACGACAACAACAGUGUCACCAUUUGUUGCAGCAACAACGACAAUAAUUUCGCAAGAUGCAAGAGUAUACAAAACCUCGUCUAUGGCUCCAAACAUCAGCAACAACAACAACAUCAACAACAACAUCAAAAACAUCAACAUCAACAACAACAUCAACAACAACAACAACAGUUCGACGAUGACUAUUCUCCUGAAAUUGUUUAUUUCUGCUCGCCAGAUUUUCUCUGCUCCAUCCAUCAGAGAAGAAAGAAUGAAAACGAAAGGAGAUAUAGUGAAGAAGAUAAAAGAGAGGAUGAGGAUGAGGAUGAAAAAAAAGAAAAAGAGGAAGAGGAUGGAGUGAAAGAAGAGGCAAAUUUCAACGGCGAACGAAAUGAGAAUAGGCGAGUAAAUUGCUUUGGUCAAUCGUUUUGUUAUGAUAACGGCGGCAACAAAAACAACAACAACAUCAUCAUCAACAACAACAACAUCAUCAAUAACAACAACAUCAACAACAACGACAACAACAUCAACAACAACGACAACAACAGCAAUGACAUCACUAACAACAACAUUAAAAGCGCCAACCACAGCAUCAAUAACAUUACUAACAACAACAUUAACAACAACAACAACAACAAAGACAUGAGCGAUAUUAUAGUUAACCUUCCACCGAGCGAUAAACAGAACCAUAAAAAUUAUAGCGCCGACUACAAAAAAACUAACUGUAAUAACAACAACAAUAAUAUUAAUAAUAACAACAACAACAAAAUUAAUAAUAACUCCAUUUUACAAAAUUUACUCUGUAUAGAGGGAAGUGAUAAUAUUGCUUUUAACAGCAGCAGAAGCAGCAGUAGCAGCAAUUUCAGAAACCACAUCAUCAACAACAACAGCAAUAACAAUAAUAACAAGCGCGGCGCCAGCGAUUCUACGGACAUCAAGACAGUCGAAACGAAUGAUAAAAAUGCCAUCGCUCUGUCAACUUUCAAAAGAGAAACGACCCCUAAACUCAUACAGGACGCUGAAUUAACACAAAAAACCUUUCAACAGCAUCAUUUUCCGCCAAACGAUCAUCAACAACAACAACUGCAACAACAACAACAAACACUAAAUCAACAACAACAACAAACACUAAAUCAGCAACAACAACUGCAGCAACAACAACAAACACUUAAUCAACAACAAAAACUGCAACAACAACAAACACUAACUCAGCAACAACAACAACUGCAACAACAACAAAUACUACAUCAGCAACUGCAGCUACAGAAUCCGCAUCUGAAACAGCAGCAGCUACUGCAACGUCCACAAACACGUCAUCAACAGCAACAACAUCAGCAUCAUCAUCAAUUCUCUCCCAAACAAAUUCAACAACAACAUUAUCAAUUUCAUCCCAUGCACGUUCUGUCACCUUCAACAAUAAUAACAACAACGACGACGACGAUGACGUCACUCAUCCCAACAACGCAACAACAUCAGCAACAACAAUCACGCCAAACUUAUUCAACAAUACGCCAAAACCAGCAACAAAAAAAACAACAUCACAAAUGUGACGAUGACCAACAAUCGCUAAGUCAACUCAUGCAUAUCACAACCAAGCAAAACAGCAACAUCAUCAGCAGUACCAUCAAAAAUAACAACAACAGUAAUAAACUCAAUGAUAUCGUUAAAGAUUGCCCCUGUCAUAUGCAUUCGAGCCACCUAUUGGUCAGUCGGACAGCCAAUGAGAACAGGGGAUUCAUGAAUAUUAAUGAAGCAAUUUCAACGUCAGGUGCUCAAAUUAAGACACCCCUAAUAAGACCUGACAUCUAUCCAUCCAACUGCGACUUUUAA